AUGGCUGACCCCCACCGUGCCGGACCAGGCCGUAACUCCGUCGGAUUCAUUCUUUGUGCUCCGUGCGGACAGAACGGCAGAGUCGAACAAAACCAAAGCGGCUGCUCGCCACAUCUGGAGUUCCUGAGCAUAAAGUGCCGCCCUUUCUAUCUGCCCCGUGAGUUCAACUCGGUCAUCGCCACGGCGGUCUACAUCCCACCCCAAGCGGACACAGGUAUGGCUUUUGGAUUGUGUUUGUUCUCUCCAUCAGAUUCCUGUCAACUCACAAUCGACACAAACACAGUACACAAAAACCUCCAACUGUCUGACAACAACAGGAAGGUGACACGUGUGAAGGAGGUUCAGCCAUAUCCUGAACAUCCAGACAGAUUUGGUUAUCGUCUACAGCUGCUGUGUAGUGAUGGUCUGACUGGUCGCUGUUACUGGGAGGUCGAGUGGAGAGGAGAGGUUCGUAUAACAGUGAGUUACAGAAGAAUCAGAAGGAAAGGAGUCAAUAAUAACUGUGUGUUUGGAAAGAAUGACCACUCCUGGAGUUUAUUCUGCUCUGAUGAUGGUCCUUAUUGUGUCUGUCACAAUAACAUAAAAACAUCCAUCUCCUCCUCCACAUCCUCCUCCUCCUCCUCCGUCUCUAACAGAGCAGCAGUGUAUGUGGACUGUCCUGCUGGCACUCUGUCCUUCUACAGAGUCUCCUCUGACACUCUGAUCCACCUCCACACCUUCAACACCACAUUCACUGAACCUCUUUAUCCUGGAUUCAGAGUUUAUUCUGGUUCCACCGUGAGUCUGUGCUGAGUUUAAUCAUUUAGUCUAAAGAGUGUCCUCCUGUUAGAGAAACAGGUUGAACAGAUUAGGAUUCAGAUUCAACUUUAUUGUCAUUACACAUGUAUAAAUACAGGGUAACGAAAUAAAGUUUGCAUCUAAUCAGAAGUGCAAGAGCAGUAAGUGCUCUUGCACUGAUUAGAAGUGCAAUAAGAGUAGAUUAUAUACAGGUAAGUGUAGAAAAGGUCGGAAUAGUUCUGAACAGAUUAUGUACAAAUAAGUUAAGUCUACAGAUGUUUAUAUUGCUAUACAGAGAGCAAGUAUACAUAUGUGCUACAUAUAUACAGCUGUACCGGUGUGUGGUAAACAGAUCUACAGAGUGCUAUGAAUAUAGUACUCUGAACGGACUAUAACAGUGAACCAUGUAUGCACUGUAACAGAGACUACACUAUCAUGAUCAUGGUCAUUGGGAGGGAUAGGGGGGUGUGGGUGGAAAGGUUCAGCGGGGACUGACUUCAGUAGGGUGACAGCUGUGGGGAAGAAGCUCCUCCUAAACCUGCUGGUUUUAGCCUGAAAGGUCCUGUAGCACCUUUUGGAGGGGAGGAACUGGAAGAGUUUAUUGGCAGGAUGAGAGGAGUCUCUGAGAAUGAUGCGUGCUCGGCGUAGACAUCUCUUCUUGUGGACAUCCUCAAUUGCAGGAAGUGGAGUCCCUGUGAUGCGUUGGGCAGUUUUCACCACCCGCUGCAGUGCCUUGCGGUCAGCAACAGAGCAGUUCUCAUACCAGACUGCGACACAUGCUGUCUAUCCCAUAGCGACGCAAUCACGGGUAAGAGGCAAGUGGAACCAAGCUGACUUCUGCUAAAUGGGUCAAACUGGGCA